GGAAGGAUUGCUUACUAGCCAUCACAGGCUGUCGCCUAAGCCGGCAUUUCGAUAUAGUGGCAGUGCAGAUUCCGAAAGCUAUUUCCAGCUCAACAAAUCCGUGCCGCUGAUCCUUGCACGACGUAAACAGUAUGGGAUCUUCGUCACUCAGUUGGCACGAUUGGCACUUUUGGGAUGAUAAUACAAUACCGCGAGUCUGGCCGAUUCCUCACUCAGCCUAUUACUGGGCUUAUAUUACAAUAAGCAUGACGGCUAAACCCGAGAUGCAACGGUCGGGCGCUGCACGACACGGUACGGUGGCUAUAUAGGCUGAAACACAUGUAAAGAACUCAUUCUUUUGUAAAUCUUGUCGUUAAAGUGUCGCCAAGCAAAUAUGCAUUUCUUGAGUGCGAUACCAUUCAUCAUCUCAGGCGUUCUCGCUGUUGCAGCAUGCGGCUCGGCGCCGCCGUUCGAACUCGGAGUACUUAGCGAUAAUCAGACUGUAUUGUCAGAUCGUCGUUACAGAGUAUUUUUGCCAAACUCGUAUGAUCGGAACAAGCCGGCGCCUGUAAUCCUGUCGUAUCAUGGAGCCAACCGUCAGAUCGAAGACCAGGUUGCCCUCGAUGGGUUGACCACAUCAUUCUUCAACCAAGACUACGUUAUCGUAUACCUGCAGGGUAAUGCAGAUGAUCCGGACCGUCCCGAUCAUACGACCUGGGAGGGAGCACCAGGCAAUGAAUCGGACGACUUUGGCUUCACCACUGCCGUCCUCGACGCGCUCGAGUCCUCUCUGUGCAUCGAUGUGAGCCGGAUCUAUGCGACGGGCAAGUCGCAGGGCGGCGGCUUCGUCGGCCGCCUGGCCUGCCACACCACCCUCUCAACCCGCAUCGCGGCUUUCGCGCCGGUCAGCGGCGCCUACUACAUCGAGCAGCUGAGCCUCAAGAAAGACUGCAAGGACCCCGCCACCGUCGAGAUACCGUGCCAGCCGGGUCGGGCCGAGAUCCCGAUCAUGGCCUUCCACGGCGGCGCGGACCCGACCAUCAAGUACUCCGGUGAGUUCCAGACGUACUGCCUGCCGAGCGUGCGGCACUGGGCGGAGGGCUGGGCGCAGAGAAACGGGCUGGACGCCAGCGGCGUGGACAACAGCACGAUAGCGGCGAGCAAGAACGGCGUGACCAGCUCGUGGGGUGGUGGACUGGUCAAGCUGGUGUAUGAUGGAGAUAAUAUCAAGCACGACUGGCCGAGUCUGCUCCAAAAUGCGGACAACAAAGGAAGCCCCAAGACGGCGUUCAACGCGAGCGGUUGGAUUACGGAUUUCUUUGGGCAGCACUCGCUACCUCUCACCAACUAAUUAAUGGCGGGCAAAUCCGGAGAGCGUUGGGAAAUGUUGUGUUUUAGAUCGUAAUCGAUCGGAGCGAGGCGUUGGUGACUGGUUCUAGAAUGGGUGUUAGAUGAAAUUAACAAUCUCCAUAGAAAUAUUUCAAGAGAAUUCCGUCGGCUUCAAUUCACGUCCGGUUCAACUUGAGGUAAGUUAAUCCGUGACUGAAGUACCUACAAUUUAUAUGAUGAUGGUCAGAAAUGGUAACUGGCACAAGUCGUCCCGGUGUAGGUGCUUUAAGGUACAACGUAACAAGAAUGACC